UUCAUAUUAUUAUAUUUGUCAUGAAUAGUUAUCUUGUUGUAAAUAUAAAGAUUUUUUUUUUGGUUCCUGUAGAUAGUAAACUUUUUUUUUUAAAUAAAAGGGGAAAGGAAACAUUUUUAUAAAGUUAUAUUUUAAUCACCAUUUUUAUACAUUGUAGCCAUCUCCAAGCCCAGUGAUAACUCAAUUGCCUGGAGGUCUAUGGGCAGCCACUUAUCCACCUAGUCUAAUUUAAAUGAUAAUCUGAUAUAGUAAUUUUAUGCCAGUUAAAUGAGGAUGCUGCAAAGAAUGUUUUUUCACUAGUAACCUUUGCUAUCUGAAAGAAUUUGGGGUCUGUGUCUCCCAGUUGAAAGAAUUUCUUAUCCAAUACAGAAUUUUUAUAAUUAGCAUCCAUCUCUUCCCAACACUUUUUGGUUAUAACUUUUGCUGCAGUACUUUAUAUGAACCUGAUUAUCAUAAAAGCAAUCUUAGCUUCUAAGUAAAUCUUGAUUGUGAUUUCUAUUUUUUAUUUCCUCUAAAGUCAUGGAAAGGAGUGUUUACAUUAAAAAUGCCUUUGCUUUUCAUAAAUAGAUAUUGUGUUUUUCCCUUCCAAAGAAUAGUUUUACAGUAAUCCAUGGUAUUUUUCAAGUAAGGAAAAUAUAAUACAAAUCAAAAAUAAGUAUGGUUUCAUGGCAAAUUUUCCAAUAAGUGUGGAACAUGCAAAAAGAAUCAGAUACAGACUUCUACCUAAAUAAUUAGAAUACAUUGCAGUAUUUUUCUGAGUAAAUACCAGGUCUUCAUUACUUAGGACUUAUGAGGUUGUUUUUUUACUUUCUUAGUUAUGCCUGUGUUUUACUUUGUUUGCAAAAAAUUACUGUGAGUCAAAUAGAUUUCCCCAAUGAAUUUAACUAUUCUCCUUCCCUUGCAAGUAAUAAUAAUUUAAAAACCAAGCACAUAUACUUACAUACCCCUUGCAUCUAAUUACUUAACAGAAUUAAUCUCCUUCUCAAAAUGCCCUACAUUUCUAAAAUAAAUAAAAGCCAAGGAAAAUUCUCUAGGUUUGGAACAAGUUGGAUGCAAGAGAAAACAGUAUACUGAACAGUUAUGAGUUUUCAACCAUGAGUUUUCAACCUUAUGUUAGCAGUUUCCUCAAAGCUUCAUGACCUCUAGCUGGAGGCAGCCCAACUGCCCCAGUGGAAGUCAUAGCAAACUGCCUGGUUUUUGUCUGGUUGUUUAAUUUUGUCUUAAGGUACAUCAAAAUCAUAGGAAUAAUAGUAGCCAAAGAAAGUAGAUCCUCUUCCUUCCAGAAUUGUGCUCAUCAGUCUAGGCAUAUCGAUAAUUUUUCUCCAAAAAUAAAUAGCUAGUAUAUUAUAGCUAAAUGCCAAUGAAAGAAAGGGAUGGAGAUUCAUCAUGUGUGUGACUUUCAUCCCAAAGAAUGCCUAUGGACAUAAAAAGUUGCUUUCUUCUGGCAAUGUUCACCUCUUCCUUGGUGACAGCAAUAUUACUGUUCACUUCCAAUUCCAGAGCUUACUCUCUAUGGUGCCAGUGUAUUUGCUGCAAUUUACUACAUUUUUAGAUGAGCCUGUUCAUAGGUGCUCCCGGGAAAACUCUGGUCUUUCAAAUGAAGGCAAUUCUAAUCCAUGUAGGGAAACACAGUUAGGUAAAAGACCUGGUAUAUUCUGAAGGUCAUUGAUGUCAUAGAAUCCCUUUCCAGUUAUCUAUCUAAGCCAAAACCAUUAGAAUAUUGUCUCCUUGGUGAAAAUACCACUUUUGCUCUUUUUUUUCUUAAUUUAUAAAAUCUUUUUUCAUUGAUGCCAUUUAUUUAAGACCUGGUUUUGUUCUCAGUAGAUGAUGAAGACAGUAGUUCUCUAGAGGAAUACAUCUAUGUCAGUCUUCAUCUCACAGUGAAGGAAUUCCCUUGUGUUAUGUUUCAGAAACUAUCCACUUUUCUACAAACAGAAUAUCCAAUUCUGUCCAUUCUCAUUUGAUUGAAUUUCGAAACAAAUUCUAAAAUUGCAGUCACAGUAAAACUAAAGAAAAGGAGUUGUAUGUCGUGCAAAAUGGUCAUAUUAGAAUAGAUGCAUAUACACUGUUGAUUUGAGAUUUCCCUUGUCCCUUAACUCUCUUUCCCAGAAAACUUUCUUUGAAGGUAGAAGCUGUGCAAAAGGCAUGAGACUCAGACCUAUUCUGUGUUUAAAUGAUGGAAAAAUAUAAAUUAUUUUCUAAUUAAUAAAAUUAUGCAAAUUAUCAUUGUAAAUAAAGUUUGAAAUGACUACUUUACAAAAGUGACCGGUUUUGGGGAUAAACUAAUGAUGAGGUAACUAAUCAAAAACUCACUUUGGGAGGUAUUUUUGGUGCUUUUAAGUCAGUAUGGGGAUCUCCAUUGUCCUCAACAUUUACAAUAUAUCUAAAAAAUAAUAAUGAAAGCCACAAUGAGGGUCUUAAUCUAACCUGAUUCCCAUUUAAUGCCUUUCCUGAUUUUUAUGCUAUUUUAGAAACAGACUGUAUUUUCAAACUAGUGAAAGGUUUCAGUAAAACUGACUUCCAUGAACUUUGAUAGUCUAGGGUAAGUCAAGAUUCUCCUUAUUCUAGAGAUUCUCAGCUAAUGUGUGUGGGGAAAAAAUCAAUAAAAUUUCAUAUGCAGAUAGCCCAACUUCAGAUGAUAGAGAGCUAGAUCUCUCUGUACUUGAAACUAAAGUGAGUUUCUUUCAUGUAACCUUCUCUUUUAACAAGCAGCAAGACAUGUUAUGACCAUUUUAGGCCUUGAAUUUCUCCCAUGAUUUCCCCAUGAAUUAAUUUGCUAAUGUCAUCAGCCAUUUUUUCUUCAACCAAAUUCAACAUUAAGAUUAGGACACCAAUUAGCCAUUUUAGGUGAGUAAUAUUUUAAAAUUAAACUAUCCUUAGAAUUUCAAAUCAGAAGGAAAUUUUCCAGUCGUAACUGUUCCUCUAUAAAAUAUUCACAUUCUUGUUAGGAAUUCAAUUGGUAUGGAUUAAACUACAAGCAAUGAGAUGAUUGGUUAAAUUACAAAUUAUGAAUUAAAGAAAUUAAAUGGGGGUUUGCGUAAGUAUUUGUUACACACUGAUGAACCAUGGCCAGAGAAGAACAAAAAUAUGUUUUUCAGUCUGUAUUAUGUACCAUAGAUGUUAGGCAGUUUAUACUAUACCUGAACACAUUUCAUGUGCUAAAAUAAUGUUGCUUCUCCCUUACCUGAAAUGAUCUUUAUGAUCACGUUAUAAAAUCACUCAAACAGUGGGUUAACAAUGGUGACAAACAAAUAAUAGUUGCUAAAUAUGUUUUAAGAUACAAAACUGAAGAAGAGUAAGGCAUUAUUUACUUGGUGGAGCUCAGUCUGAAUCUACUGAUUCAAAAAUAUAGAUCCUUUACAAGUUAUUUAAGUUCAGGUGAGACCAGAAAGAAUAUGGAAUUGUGUAUACAUGAAAAAUGAAAUUUUCUUUUGAAAUAUGCUUAAGUUCCAAAAAGAAGCCAAAUUUCUUGUGGAAAGAUGGCUAAUUCUUCUCCACAUCAUGCUUUCAAAGCUCAUCCCCUGACAGGCAUUGGUUCUCAUGGAUUACUGCUUCCCCGAGGAGAUAUGGAACAGAGAAGAAAGCCAAGCCUUCAUCAUACAAAUAAUUCAAUCAAAUAAAAAUUUCUUCAAAGAGAGGACUAUUAAAUCAUCAUAUAUGGCACUGUUCGGUGACUUCAUUUUCCUCAGAAGGUGUUUGCCUUCUGGAUCCGAGGCUGUGUCUGACCAAGUGAGACUGAAUUACCUCUUGGAGCCCAGCUGAGACUGUUCAGCCAGGCUCUGCCCACCUGUCUAAACUGCUCAUAGAAUUCAUCUCAGUUUCCUCCUCCGGUCUGAGAAGGGUGGUCCAGCCUCUUACUGAACACCUUGAGGGGAACUGGCUGUCUUUGAUCUCUGUCUCCAGGUUGGAGUCAAGGAACGUUUUCAUAAUGGACACUUCAUCCAAAGAAAAUACCCAGUUAUACUGCAAAAAUUCAGUGCAACCUGUUGAAAGACCUUCCUUUAAAACAGAAUAUCCCUCAUCAGAGGAAAAACAGUCUUGCUGUGGUGAACUAAAGGUGUUCCUUGGUGCGUUGUCUUUCGUUUACUUUGCCAAAGCAUUGGCAGAAGGCUAUCUGAAAAGCACCAUCACUCAGAUAGAGAGAAGGUUUGAUAUCCCUUCUUCACUGGUGGGAGUUAUUGAUGGCAGUUUUGAAAUUGGGAAUCUCUUAGUUAUAACCUUUGUUAGCUACUUUGGAGCCAGACUUCACAGACCAAAAUUAAUUGGAGCCGGGUGCUUGAUUAUGGGAGUUGGAACGUUGCUCAUUGCAAUGCCUCAGUUCUUCAUGGAGCAGUACAAGUAUGAGAAGUAUUCUGCUUUCUCCAAUUCCACUCUGAGUAUCUCUCCAUGUCUCCUGGAGUCAAACCAUCAAUUUCCACUCACAGUCAUGGAAAAAUCAAAGUCCCAAAUAAAUAAUGCAUGUGAAAUCGAUGCCAGCUCCUCCAUGUGGGUCUAUGUUUUUCUAGGGAAUCUUCUCCGUGGAAUAGGAGAAACUCCCAUUCAGCCUCUAGGCAUUGCGUACCUUGAUGAUUUUGCCAGUGAAGACAACGCAGCUUUCUAUAUCGGGUGUGUGCAGACAGCUGCAAUUAUAGGACCAAUCUUUGGCUUCCUUUUGGGCUCAUUAUGUGCCAAACUGUAUGUUGACAUUGGCUUUGUGAACCUAGACCACAUAACCAUUACCCCAAAGGAUCCCCAGUGGGUAGGUGCCUGGUGGCUUGGUUAUCUAAUAGCAGGAAUCAUAAGUCUUCUCGCAGCUGUGCCUUUCUGGUGUUUACCAAAGAUUCUACCAAGACCCCCAAGCAGAAAUGUUUCCAGUUCUCCCCCUGAGAAAUCUGAGUUUAUUGUGGAUGAUCACCCAGACUACCAAACACACCAUGGAGAAAGAGCUACAAUUAUAGACAUGGCAAGAGACUUUGUCCCUUCACUGAAGAAUCUUUUUGGGAAUCCAGUGUAUCUCUUAUAUUUGUGUGCCAGCACGGUUCAGUUCAGUUCUUUAUUUGGCAUGGUGACGUAUAAACCGAAGUACAUUGAGCAGCAGUACGGACAGUCAUCCUCCAAGGCCAACUUCGUUAUAGGACUCAUCAACAUACCUGCAGUGGCCCUUGGAAUAUUCUCUGGGGGGAUAAUUAUGAAAAAAUUCAGAGUCAAUAUGUAUGGAGCUGCAAAACUCUACUUGGGAUCAUCUGUCUUUGGUUAUCUCCUAUUCCUUUCCCUGUUUGCACUGGGCUGUGAAAAUUCUGAUGUGGCAGGAUUAACUGUCUCCUACCAAGGAAACAAACCUGUCUCUUAUCAUGAACGAGCUCUCUUUUCAGAUUGCAACUCAAGAUGCAAAUGUUCAGAGACACAAUGGGAACCUAUGUGCGGUGAAAAUGGAAUCACAUAUGCUUCACCUUGUCUUGCUGGUUGUGAAAACUCUACCAGGAGUGGAAGAAAUAUUAUAUUUUAUAACUGCACAUGUGUGGGAAUUGCAGCAUCUAAAUCAGGAAAUUCCUCAGGCCUGGUGGGCAGAUGUCAAAAAGAUAAUGGAUGCCCCAAAAUAUUUCUGUAUUUCCUUGUAAUUUCUGUAAUCACAUCCUAUACUUUAUCCCUAGGUGGCAUACCUGGAUACAUAUUGCUUCUCAGGUGCAUAAAGCCACAACUUAAGUCUUUUGCCCUGGGUAUCUAUACCUUAGCAGUAAGAGUCCUUGCAGGUAUCCCAGCUCCGGUAUACUUUGGAGUUUUGAUUGACACUUCAUGUCUCAAAUGGGGAUUUCAAAGAUGUGGAAGUAGAGGAUCCUGCAGAUUAUAUGAUUCAGAUGCUUUUAGGUACAUCUAUCUGGGACUAACUGUGACACUGGGCACAGUGUCUAUUUUCCUGAGUAUUGCGGUACUUUUCAUUUUAAAGAAAAAAUAUGUUUUAAAACAUAGAAGCUUCAUAACCAAGAGAGAAAGAACCAUGGCCUCUGUAAGAAUCAGGAAGGAGAGUUCUACUACUAGUGAUCAUUUGCUACAACCCAAGUAUUGGCCAGGCAAGGAAACACAACUCUAAAAAGAAUGAUGACCUGAAGCAACGUUUUCCAAUUUCUGAAAAGUCUGCAGACAAAUUUUAAACAAAAGGGUUUUAAAUGUAUAAUUUCUUUCUCCUUUCAAAAAAUUUCUACUUUGUUUUUGAUCCUGGGUAUGUAUUAGAUAACAUGGCUGAUGCCAAAUAUAAUUAAACAUGUUACAGAAAAUGCAGAUGAUGAUCUCAAAACUUUUAAUUAAUAUACAAAUUCAAAUAUACAAAUUCUUUAUAUUAUUUACUCAGACUGCUUAAUUUUGCUUUCUUCCCAUUUAUCAACUGUGUUCCUAGUAAACAAUUGUUCCUAUUUCCCAAUGGUUAUGUGUAAAGGAACUUAUAAACUGAAAUAUUUGUCUGGGAUAAAAGAAUACUGUUACUAUCACCACCAUCCAUACCCAAAACUCUAUGAUCAACUGAAACAGAAAUUCUGUCAUUAUUGUGAGUGUAAUUAACAGCUCUGAAUUAUAGACGCAAAUGAGGUUAAAAGAAGAAAUUUUAGGUAGUGUAUGUUACUAGAAUAAAAAUUAAAAGAUAAAACAUAGGACUGUAUAACACAGU